GAUAAAGAGAUUGAGGUAUCAGAGGAGGAAACUGUUUUUCAAGCUUGCGUACAUAAUGGUAUUGAAAUUCCACACUUUUGUUUUCAUAAACGAUUAAAGAUUGCUGGAAAUUGUCGUAUGUGUUUAGUUGAAAUGGAAAAAUCCUCUAAAUUAAUUGCUUCAUGUUCUAUGCCAGUGAGUCAAGGUAUGACUAUUCAUACUAAUACGACAAAAGUUAAGAAAGCUCGUGAAGACAUUAUGGAGCUUUUGUUGAUUAACCACCCGUUAGACUGUCCUAUUUGCGAUCAAGGGGGUGAAUGUGAUUUACAAGAUCAAGCCUUUAAAUAUGGUAAAUAUAGUAAUAGAUUUCAUGAAAAUAAGCGGACUGUCAAAGAUAAAUAUAUAGGACCAUUGAUCAAAACCGCUAUGACACGUUGUAUCCAUUGCACUAGGUGUAUAAGAUUUGCUACAGAUGUAGCAGGUAUUGAAGAAAUAGGAGCGAUAUAUAGAGGAGAACAUAUGGAAGUACUUUCAUAUAUAGAAAGAAGCUUGGACUCAGAAUUAUCUGGUAAUAUGAUAGAUAUCUGUCCAGUAGGGGCUUUAAAUUCAAGACCUUAUUCUGAUAAGGCUCGUAGCUGGGAAUUAACCCAUACUUCUUCAAUAGAUGUAUUAGAUGCUUUAGGAUCUAACAUAAGAAUUGAUAGUAGAGGGGGGGAAAUAAUGAGGAUAUUACCCAGGGUUAACGAAGAUAUUAAUGAAGAAUGGAUUUCUGACAAGGCUAGAUUUUCUUAUGAUGGCCUAAAAUAUCAAAGACUAGAUCGCCCCUAUAUUAGAAAAGAUAAUAAAUUAGUAGAAUCAUCCUGGCAAGAAGCUAUAGAAACAGUAUCACAAACAUUAAAAUCACUUACUGGUCAACAAAUUGCUGCAAUAGCAGGACCACUUGCUUGUGUAGAAUCAAUGUUUUUACUUAAAACUUUAUUGCAAGAACUUGGAUGUAACAAUUUUGAUAGUAAUCAAUUCAAUUAUAAAAUUGAUUUAUCUAAUAGGGGUAAUUAUUUAUUUAAUACAACAAUUGCUGGUAUUGAAAAAGCAGACUUGUGUUUAUUAAUUGGCGCAAAUCCAAGACAAGUAGCUCCUGUACUUAAUGCUCGUAUUGGUAAAAUGCAAAGAAAAGGAUUAUUACACAUAGCAAGGAUUGGUAAUGUUACUAAUCAAACUUAUAAUAUUCAAGAACUCGGUAUGAGUCCUGAUAUAAUUAAAUCAAUAGUACAAGAUCAACAUGAAUUUACUAAACUACUGGAAAAAGCAAAAUAUCCUAUGAUCAUUAUAGGUGAUGGAAUAUAUUCUAGAAAUGAUGCUUAUGCUAUUUUAUCACUUAUUCAUGAAAUUGUAGGAAAAUAUAAUAUUAUUCGUGAUGAGUGGAAUGGUUUUAAUAUAUUACAUAAUCAUGCAUCAAUGGUAGGUAGUUUAGAUAUUGGCUUUAGCCCACAAAAUGGAGGAAGUAGUGAUGAAAUUAACAUAGAUAAGAUAAAAUCAUCUUUUGUUGUAUAUCAUGGCCACCACGGAGAUAUAGGAGCUAACAUUGCUGAUGUAAUUUUUCCUGCACCUGCUUAUACUGAACAAGAUGCAAUCUAUGUGAACUUAGAAGGAAGAGUAAAUUACACAAAAGCUGCAGCUCAUCCUGUUGGUCAAGCAAAAGAAGAUUGGGUUAUUAUUAAAAAUUUAGCUCAUAGUUGUAGUAUAAAUCUUAAUAUACCUAAUUUAGAAGCAGUUAGACAUAAAUUAGCAAAUAAAUUAGAUAAUAAUGAUAUAAUCACAAAGCCUGUAAAUUACUAUAUGACAGAUGCAAUUAGUAGAGCGUCUGUUACUAUGACAAAAUGCAUUACAGCAAAACAAGAAAGAGAAAAAGCGGCA